AUGGCCACAGUGGCCACAACGAACAGCAGCACGCAACCAGGAGCCAGCGGGCCCAUCACAUUGUCGGCUGGGGAUACGAUCGACAUCGAUGGAGUGACUUACGUGCACCCAAUGUCUGUCAACAGCUGGGUGGACGAUGUCAAGGCAUGGCCAAGUGUGUCUAGUGCCCACAUUGUGUGCUACCUCAUCAAGAGCAAGGCGUGUGACCUCAAAGAAGCUGAGGCAUACAAAAGCCUAGACUCCUACAAUUUUGUACAGAGUGGCUGGGUGGGCCAGGUGCUUUGUCACAAUGUUAACGCAGACUUAGUGUACCUCAAGGCGGAUGUUCGACCAUCGCAGGCCAUAAAUCAAAAGCCUUGGACAGCAUGGGCUUGCGUAAGGCACACCGGACAGGUGAUCACUGCUGGUUGCUCGUGUAUGGCUGGGAAAGCAAGGGUUUGCAGCCAUGUUGGUGCAAUACUGUGGAAAGUCGAUAUGGCUGUGGCCUCGGGAAUGACCGGCACAUCAUGUACUGACCGAACAGCUCAGUGGAACAGGGGAACAAAGAGGAAUGUGGAACCUGUCCUGCUUGAAGAUAUGGACUUUAAGCUGCAAAAACGAACUGUGGACUCCGAAAACAAGGCCCCAAAACCCACACGAAAGUUUCAUCACUUCGGAAAUGAUGUAGAGCUGAUGAACCACAUUGGGAGGAAACCAUUUUCAGAUCUCUUCAACAUUCCUGGUACCUUGCUUCAUAGUACAUUGAAUGCGGCUGCUUGGGACCCACGUGCUACUGAUCUGCCAAGCCAGCCUCGCCACUCACAUGCAGACCCUUCGGAACUCCCAAAAGGCUGCGACCCUUGCAGAGUAUUUUAUCAAAAGUUUGUUAUGCUUUCGAAUGAAGGACGGGCUUCCCUUGAAUUUGCCACUAGGGAACAGGGGUGCCCGCUAUGGCGCAUGGCCAGGCGCCUUCGCAUAACUGCAUCAAAUGUGAAGCGGGUUCCUAAAAGGGAAAGCACUGAUCCUUCGAAAGCUGUUUCUGCGCUUUCAAAUUCAGGCUUUACCGGUAAUGCUGCCACAAAGCAUGGGCUGAAGUAUGAAGCCAUUGCAAGAGUAGCAUUUACGAGGAAGACUGGUUUGGCUGUAGCGCAGUCGGGUAUGGUAGUGAGCAGUACACAUCCUUGGCUGUCUGCAAGCCCUGAUGGCAUCUGUGCUGAUGAUGCUCUAGUUGAGAUCAAGUGUCCCACAGUUUCAGAUUGCACGGUAUUAAUUGAAAAGGGAAAAUAUGAUGUUAAGCUUGUGAAUGGGGAACCUGUGCUUUGUCCAGGUGGCAAAAAUGGUUACUAUGACCAAGUGCAGUUUACCAUGUUUUGCUGUGGCAAAAGCACCUGCUAUUUUUAUGUGUGGUCGGCUGAAAGUGAUGUCAUUGUAAAUGUGCCUAUUGACACACGGUACAUUGAACAGAACUUGAAGAGGCUCAAAACAUUCUACUUUUUGCAUCUCCUGCCUCACCUUGAGGACCUACAUUAUAAGAAAAAGCUGGCUAUGUGCAAAAAGUAUGACGAGAUUUGCAAUUUGUGAUGAGCAAGUGAAAUUUUAUUUGUUCAUAAUGUCUGCUUCAUUGGAGCCAUCCAAGUAUAUUGAAUGAAUAAAAAAACAUUCAACCACAUUUUAACACCUUGGCUUCAAAUCACUUCCAUAAGCUUCACAGGUACGAAACCAGUGAGGUUACAAAAAAAUUGGCAGUGGCUUAGCUCGGCUAUGCCAGUAUAUACGUAGCAAAAGCUAAGGCAUAGCAUGGUUAGCC